AUGAAUUUGACGGUCAUUGUGUUAAUUGUUGUCGUUGCCGUGUCAGUUUUGGAAAAGUCCUCAGCUGAUGACCUGGACGAUGUCCGCCAUGUUGUGUGCAUGGAACAAUCCGAAAUAGCGGAAGAUGAAUUUGACUCCAUGAUGGAUAUGUUAGAGGCGAAUGCCACAGAUGAUAUGGAUCACCGAUUUAAAUGUUAUACCCAUUGUAUGUUGGAGAAAUGGGAUCAUUUCGAUGAAACGGGAAAACUUGAUCUGGCGAAAAUGGAAGAUAAAAAUAUGUCGGCGAGUGAAAUUGAAGCCGUUGAAAAAUGUAAAAACGACACGGAAGAUAUUGAGGAUAAAUGUGAAUAUGCCUUUGCAUUGACUGUGUGUUUUAGGGAGGGCAACAAAAUGAAUUAUUCCGAAGUUGAAGAAGAUGUAAAUGAAUAG